AUGAGUGACGACACGAACGGGGUUCCGGCCCAAGGGCCGCCCGAGCAUUAUGCCAUUGGUAUCUCGUUUGGGAAUUCGUACAGCUCAAUUGCACAUAUCUCAGGCGAGGGCAAAGUUGAGGUCAUAGCAAACGAAGAAGGAGAUCGACAAAUCCCGUCCAUCCUGUCUUACAUCGAGGGAGAAGAGUUCCAUGGCACGCAGGCAAAGGCGCAGUUGGUGCGGAACAGCAAGAACACGGUCGCAUUCUUCAGGGACUUUAUCGGCAAGGACUACAAGUCCAUCGACCCCACGCCCUGCCAUGCCUCCGCCCAUCCCAUCGAAGAAAAGGGCGAGAUCUCUUUUGCCAUUCGGGACACCGCAGACAGCGAAACCGAGAACAAGGUGUCGGUUCUGGAGAUUGCUGCGCGGCAUUUGCGGCGUUUGAAGAACUCUGCGUCCGACUUUACUGGCAGGGUUAUAACGUCGGCCGUGGUCGCUGUGCCCACUGACACAAGCGACGACCAAAAAGCCGCCUUGACCAAAGCCGCCGCAAACAUCCAGGUGGAAAUCCUCCAGUUCAUGCCAGAACCGAUCGCAGCCCUCCUUGCCUACGAAUCGCGGUCUCCAGAUGCCCACGCCGAUAAGAUCGUGCUUGUGGCAGACUUUGGAGGGAACCGAUCCGAUGUCGCCGUUGUGGCAUCAAGAGGAGGCAUGUACAGCAUCCUGGCCACUGCACACGAUUACGAACUGGGCGGCACUCAACUCGACCAGGUUUUGAUUGACCAUUUCGCCAAGGAGUUCGAGAAAAAGCACAAGUCCGACCCACGCAAGAACGAGCGGAGCCUGGCCAAGUUGAAGCUGGAAGCUGAGGCGGUCAAGAAGGCUCUCAGCCAGAGCAACAGCGCCACUUUCAGCGUCGAGAGCCUUGCAGAGGGCGUGGACUUUAGGUCUACGGUCAACAGAAGUCGGUACGAGAUUCUGGCUUUGAAGACAUUUGGACGGUUUACCCGACUUGUCGAGGAAGUGAUCAAGAAGGCUGGUCUGGAUGUGUUGGAUAUUGACGAGGUCAUCCUGUCUGGCGGCACAUCACACACCCCCAAGAUUGCGAAGAACAUCGAAGCGCUGUUCCCGGAGUCAACCGCGGUUCUGGCCCCAGCUACGACACCCACUGCACUCAACCCUUCAGAGUUGUCAGCAAGAGGAGCCGCAUUGCAAGCUUCUCUGAUCCAGGAGUUUGAGAAAGAGGAUAUUGACCAAUCAACGCACGAGAUGGUCACCGUGACGCCUCACCUGUCAACAGCCAUCGGCUAUCAAGUAACAGGCCAGCCUGAAGAUGUGCUCAAUGUGAUCAUCCCACCCGACACGGCCGUCCCCGCUCGAAGGACCAAGGUCAUCGAAGGUCUUGAGGGCGAUGUGCUCUUCCGAAUCAGCGAGGGUGAACGCGAGAUCACAGUCACCCAGCCAGAGCGCCCAGCGAAGCCUGAAACCAACGGCACGAAAGCGGAUGACGGAGACGAUGAUGAUGAUGAUGACGACGACGAAGAUGUGGAUGACGAGCCAGAAGAGAUCCGCGAGAAGGUGUGGCGGCCCAAGAACCCCUUGGCAGAGUUUGUCUUCCGGGGCCUGAAGAAAGGAUCCAAAGUAGAAGUCAUGGUCAACGUGGACGCAGAACUGGCCUUAUCGAUUGCCGCUCGAGAAAUAGGUGGCAAGGGAGGGAUUCGAGGCGAGAUCAAGGCGUCCGAGACUACUCAGCAGAACGGGAGCGCGUAA